CCAACUGUGACCGAGGCCCCCAUCUAUCUGCCGUACUAUGACGAGCGCUCGUGGUCGCUGGUUCGAGGGAGCAUCAUUUCGACAGAUCCCUCUGCGAGCAGAACAACGUUCACCAUCUUCUGCCCGACGCAAACACCCCCAGCAUGCGACCUGGCCCUCGAGUUCCCCUUUGUCAUUGUGGAAGGGCCCGGCACGCUCGAGUUCCACGGAACGGUGACCUCGACAUACAUUGCUGACGUAGAGUGCGACUUGAACGGCACGACGGCCGCAACGUGCUCGGGUUACUCGAGCUACAAAGCCGGUUACACGAACGGACACCUCACUGGGCCUACGCAGCUUUCGUGGACAUCCACCUUUACUGGAUCCGAGGUGCAAUGGGGAACCCUCACGAUGGCUGAUGCCCCAGGGGCAACUGACGAUUCCUUUGACCCCAACGGAACCAUGACGGCGCCCACAGCGCCCUCCGGGAUGAUGUACGAACCUUCGCCUACGUCGAUGGGAUCGAGC